AACACCACCUAACACCGAUUCCACCAUCCCUCCCCAUCAUCAGUAAUUCACCAAUCAGGAGUCCAUUGCUUUUCUUCCUUUUCUCACUAACGAUUUGUUCUUCCAGCUGAGGUAAAAGACGACGAACCUGUUUCUGUUUUAACGUAUUUAUACCCUCCUAUCGGGAUCGAGGAUUAUUUCUGUGAGUUGAAUAAAAAGAAGAAGAGAAUAUGUCGGCAAUUUUAAGGAAAAUAAUCGCACCUGGAGGAAUUCCCGCUUGGGGAAUUCGUGUAAUUGCAUCCAGGACUUAUUCCUCUUCUGCUGGAGGAAAAGAGAUGACAGUAAGGGAUGCUUUAAAUUCUGCACUAGAUGAGGAAAUGUCUGCAGAUCCUUCUGUUUUGUUAAUGGGUGAAGAGGUUGGUGAAUAUCAAGGUGCAUACAAGAUUUCUAAGGGGCUUUUGGACAAGUAUGGUCCUAAGAGAGUUAUCGAUACUCCUAUUACUGAGGCUGGUUUUACAGGAAUGGCUGUUGGUGCAGCCUACCAUGGUUUGAGGCCUGUUGUAGAGUUCAUGACUUUUAACUUUUCAAUGCAGGCAAUUGACCACAUCAUCAAUUCUGCUGCAAAAUCAAACUAUAUGUCUUCUGGUCAGAUUUCAGUGCCUAUUGUUUUCAGGGGUCCAAAUGGAGCUGCUGCUGGAGUUGGUGCCCAGCAUUCCCAGUGCUAUGCAGCAUGGUAUGCUUCAUGUCCGGGGUUGAAGGUACUUGUGCCAUACAACUCAGAGGAUGCUCGUGGCCUGUUAAAAGCUGCCAUAAGAGACCCGGAUCCUGUUGUUUUCCUUGAAAAUGAAUUGCUGUAUGGUGAGUCUUUCCCUAUUUCGGCAGAGGCCCUUGAUUCCAGCUUCUGUCUUCCAAUUGGAAAAGCUAAGAUAGAGCGUGAAGGAAAGGACGUGACUAUUGUUGCUUUCUCGAAAAUGGUUGGCUAUGCUCUUAAGGCUGCUGAGAUUCUGGCAAAGGAGGGAGUCAGUGCUGAGGUUAUAAAUUUGCGCUCAAUCCGGCCACUUGAUAGAGCCACAAUCAAUACUUCUGUUAGGAAAACGAACAGGCUUGUGACUGUUGAAGAAGGGUUUCCACAACAUGGUGUUGGGGCUGAGAUCUGUGCAUCUAUUGUUGAGGAGAGCUUUGAGUAUCUUGAUGCACCUGUUGAAAGAAUUACAGGGGCUGAUGUUCCCAUGCCUUACGCAGCCAAUCUUGAGAGAAUGGCUGUCCCACAGGUUGAGGAUAUUGUACGUGCAGCAAAGAGGACCUGCUAUAGAUCAGUUCCAGUGGCUGUAAAUGCCUAAGCUGCUGGAUUACAAAGCUUUCUUGCGAUUGUUUUUCAUGGUUUUUUUUCAUCGAUUGAACAAUGAGUCUUUUGAACCAAAUCUUGAUCCAGCUGUUUGGAGUCUGGAACUCUCAUCUUCCUGAUGCAACUGGAUUAACUAAACUAAUCUGGUCAUACUCGGAAACAUUACAAUAAAUGUGCAUGGCAUCAUAGGUCUAGUAUUUUUUUGACUUUCCUGCAUUCACUGCUGGAGGAGAGUAUCUUGUUUUGCGAAACAUUGAGGGGAGCAAGUCAUUUCUCAAGUGUUCUUCUGUACAUUGUAUGGUGUUAUUUCUAUGGAAAGCCAACUCAUUUACAUUUUUGCA